AUGCCACAUGAAAGUUUGCUGUUGCGUUAUUUGAAUUAUGAUUUUGAAUUAUGUGUUCGAUGUUUAUAUUCAAAAAAUUUUCUUGCAUUAAAAAUCAUCGGUUUUUUUAUUAUUGUCACAACAUUUCUUCUACUGCAAAAUACAGAUAAUAAACGUAAAAUGAUCAUACGUCAUCGUCAUCAUCAAAUGAUGUUUAAUAAUGAUAAAUUAAAUUCAACUCUUUCAUUUGAUAAUCAAACAAUACUAAAACCAAUUAUCGAUAGUACUUAUCAUCGUUUAACAACACAAUAUCAAUAUUUAGACCCGUUCUUAGGUCGUCGUGUACAAUUUUCCCAUAAUAAUGAACGUCGUACAGCCCAAAGUGAAAAAUGGUGUAAAGCACAAACAAAAUAUGUACGACCAAUAGAUCUUGAACAAUACAAAUGUAUGAAUAUUAAACGAAUUGGUGGUAAAGUUGAAGAAUUAAUUAAUGUACCAAAUGAAAAUCAUCGUGUUGAUGGUGCAUAUUUUUUCUGUGAAGAUUUAAUUAAAUAUAAUAAUUGUCUGGUAGUUUCAAUUGGAGUUGGAAAUGAUGAUUCAUUUGAUGAUGAUAUUCAAGAGUCAUAUGCUUGCCGUGUAUUCUCAUUUGAUCCAUAUCAAGAGCCAGAACAUGUUCGAAAAUUAAGAAAAACACAAAAUCAAGUUAUUAUUAAAAUUACACAGACUUGGACAUUUUAUCGUUUAGGCAUAACAGCAUCAGCCGUAAUAGAUAAUGAUCCAUCGUCCAUUGGUACUUUAUUACCAAUUCAACAAUUAAUUGAAUAUGUUAAAUUAGAUGAUGAUAGUUCAAUUAUUAUUCAUAUAUUGAAAAUAGAUAUUGAUAAUGGAAAUGAAUGGCAUUUAUUAGAUGAUCAAGAAUUUAUGACAUAUGUUUGUAAACAUGUUAAACAAUUAUUAUUAAAAACAAAACCAAUACAUUCAAAACGUUUUAUGCACUAUAGAAUAUUUACACUAAAAUUAACAAAAUGUUUUUCAUUAUUACGACGUGAUCCAAGAUUAUAUUUACUAAUGACAAAACAACGAGAUAAUAAUGGUGAUACACAACAGACACAAACCGAAUGGCAAUUAACAAGUUUCAAAUUAGAUAUUGGACUAUUUUGUGAUGAAAUUGAUUUAGCAAUGUAUCUUUUAAUUUACGGAGAUUUGUAUCUAGUAAAUACAAAAUUGUGA